CGCAGAGAGAAAACGAAGGAGAGAAGAAGAAGAAGAAGACAGGAGAAGAUGUCGUGGCAAACUUACGUUGAUGAGCAUUUGAUGUGUGAUGUCGGAGAUGGUCAGGGUCAUCACUUAACCGCCGCCGCAAUCGUCGGUCAUGACGGUAGCGUUUGGGCUCAGAGCGCCAACUUCCCUCAGUUCAAGACACAAGAGUUCAAUGACAUAAUGAAAGAUUUCGACGAACCGGGUCACUUAGCACCCACAGGGUUGUUUCUAGCAGGAGCCAAGUACAUGGUUAUCCAAGGCGAACCCAAUGCUGUAAUCCGUGGGAAGAAGGGAGCAGGAGGCAUAACCAUAAAGAAGACAGGUCAGUCAUGUGUGUUUGGGAUCUACGAAGAGCCAGUGACACCAGGACAGUGCAACAUGGUCGUCGAGAGGUUGGGUGAUUACCUCUUGGAACAAGGUCUCUAGGUCCUUACAUCCUCAAAUGUUCUAGAAUGUUCCACCUUCUACAUUUUUGUCUUAAUAAACUUAUCUAUAGUAUUUGGUUUCUGAAUUCUCUCCCUAUAGCAAAAAAUUAAUGUUUAUUUAAUUUGCCUCUUUUGGUUACUUUCACUUGUUUUUAUUUUGACAAAUUUCAUAUUCUACAUAUGUAUCUUCGAGAAUCACCAAGUUAAGGGAG